ACUCCCUGCGGAAUUUAAACACGCACUCACUCUCACACACACUCAUUUAAAGCCACUCCUUAACAUCAGGCACCAUUAGCUCUUCCAACAGGCAAGGCUGCAGGACGGAGAGAAAGCAAUGAGCCAGGGAGCCAUGAGGGAGUGGUUUCCAACACUGGGGCUGGUCGCCUUACUGUGCUGCCUCAGUCUGGGGCCCGUUGAGGGGGGAAAGGUGCUAGUUGUGCCAAUGGAUGGAAGCCACUGGCUUAGCAUGAAGAUUCUGGUGAAGGAGCUCGCCCGCAGGGGACAUGACGUCUUGGUGCUGGUGCCUGAAAGCAGCCUGUUGAUCCGAGAGUCAGAGUCCUUCAAGACUGAGGUCUACCCCGUGCAAUACACCAAAGCUGAGAUGGAUGGAUCAUUCAGAGAACUAUCAGACGGGGUUUUCGUCAAGCCACCAGAUAUCACAGAUAUGUUUGUCAAUGUGCAGCGCUUCGUUGACUUUACUACACUACAGCUGAAAGGUUGUGAGAGUUUGCUGAACAACCAGCAACUAAUGAGUCAACUGAGAGAAAAGGGCUUCGAUAUGGUGCUUACAGACCCCUUCCUUCCCUGCGGUUCCAUCCUGGCUCGUGUUUUUUCUAUUCCUGCUGUGUAUUUCCUGCGUGGACUUCCAUGUCAGCUGGAUUUGAGAGCAAACCGAUGCCCCAUUCCUGCUUCUUAUAUUCCUUCUGCCUUCUCUGGAAAUACAAACGUCAUGACCUUCCCGCAGAGAGUCAAGAACAUGCUCAUGUCUGUUAUGGACUUGUAUAUGUGCAAAGUACUCUUUGGCCACUACGAUGAAAUGGUCAGCAGGUAUUUUGGGGAAGACAUGACCUACAUGGAUCUUAUUAGUCACGGUGCUAUCUGGCUUCUCAGAUAUGAUUUUGUUUAUGAAUGGCCCAAGCCUAUCAUGCCAAACAUGGUCUUCAUUGGAGGAAUCAACUGUGCUAAUAGCGCCCCUCUGCCAGCAGACGUGGCAGAGUUUGUGGAGGGCUCAGGUGACGACGGAUUUAUCGUCUUCACUCUGGGAUCGAUGGUGUCCAAAAUGCCCGCGGAGAAGGCUCAACAGUUCGUUGAAGCCUUUCGACAAAUUCCCCAAAGGGUUUUGUGGAGAUACACUGGAGUCCCACUUGUGGAUGUGCCCAAGAACGUCAAGCUCAUGAAGUGGCUACCUCAGAACGAUCUCUUAGCCCAUCCCAAGGCCAAACUCUUCAUCACUCACGGAGGCACGCACGGUAUCUACGAGGGCAUGUGCAAUGCUGUGCCCAUGCUGAUGUUUCCACUGUUUGGGGACCAGGGAGACAACGUGCAUCACAUGGUGUCGCGUGGCGUGGCAGAGGAGCUCAGCAUCCAUUAUAUGACCACAGACAAACUAUUGGCAGCACUGAAAAACAUCAUCCAGGAUAAAAGCUACAAAGAGAGGAGCGUGGCGUUGUCUGAGAUACACCUGGAUCGUCCCCUGCAGCCUUUGGAACAGGCUGUUUUCUGGACCGAGUUUGUCAUUAGACACAAAGGGGCUGCUCAUUUAAGAGUAGCUGCACACGAUCUGAACUGGAUUCAGUACCACAGCCUGGAUGUCAUUGGCUUUUUGAUCGCCAUCCUCGUAAUUGUUAUGUGGGUGACACUGAAAUCCUGCUUGUUCUGCACCCGUAUGAUUUGCAGAAAGGGACUUAGAAAGACAAAAUCGGAGUAGAAUGUUUUUUUGUUUUUUUUAAAGCAAUAUUGAUUUGAUUAUAUAAAAUCUGCAAUGAAGUGAAUGAUGUUGAUUGAGGGUGUUUUCACCCAGAUGUAUAUUUGUUAGUCAAAUUCAGGGUGCCAUUACUGCAACUUUUUAAAAUGUGCGAUACUGGUGAAAAUUGACUGCACAUUUUCUCUUGUUAGCUCAAGUUCUCAUCCAUGCACUGAACUACAUUCAACAAUUCUGUCACAUGAAGUCAUUUUCUCCAAAAGCUUCAACUGAGCCGGUUUUUCGAGAUGAUUCUCUCCUGGUCUAUUUAGACCAGGGCUUGGUGGACCACAUCUUCUAGUAUGAUGAUACCACCUGUAUCUGUAAGGGACUGUGUACUGUAUGAAUAAUCUCUUUCAGAAAAGGACAAUCAUGACAAUUACUUGCAUUUUAUCUGAAAUGAUUAAUGAUAUAUACUAUAUUUGUAUAAUUUUCUUUUUUUUUUUAAAUGUACUUUCGGUCAUUACUUGUCCAUUCAUAUGAGUUUCUUCCUCAUAAGAAUCAGUGGUGAACAAUUACUAAUAUAUUAAACUUGUCAAUAAAGUUUAAAUUGGCUUGA